AUGGUAACUGGUGACAUCUCUGCAGCUGAGACUACUGAUCAAACAAAAAUCGAUGAACGUAUUAAAAUUGCUUUAGACCUCGGAGAUCCAGAAAUUGUAGUUGAUUUACGUAAGCACAAUGGCGGAAGACCUAGUAAAUAUGAGAUUUUCUGGAGAGUUGCAGCUAAGUUUCUUGAAGGAAAAGCAGCUAAUGCUGUAACUGCAGUAGAUGAACGCAGGCAUGAUCCAAUCGUGCACCUUGCGACUGCAAUAUCAGUGAAUAAUCUUUUGUAUCAAAUUGAAAAGGAAUGCCCAACUAGAACACCAAUCCUAGCACACAAUGUUCAAACACGCCAGCUACGUGCUUACCAUCAAGAUACUCAUUACGUAUCUGCACUAUAUCGCUACAAGAAAGAAUUUGCUGUAAAAUUUCGAAAAAUUACAAAUUUUGUUUUUAUGGAUGAUAAGCAUCGUUGUAAAGUCGGAGAGCCUGAAUUUCCUGUUGCUGCAGUUGAGAGAGGAAAAAAAGUUGUAGUUAGUAGAGAAACUACAUUUGCAGUUGCUGACCAUGACUAUACUAAAACGGGUAUCAUACCAAGUAUAACAAUAAUAUGUAAUAUACCUGAAUCAAUUAAUAGAGAUUUCUAUACUGGCAAACCUAUACUAUGUCUCUAUACGGACGGUAGUCCAGAUCAUCAUUGCACAUAUACUCGUAUUCAAUUAUCCUAUAUUUGUCUUUUUCUCGCUUUAGAUCUUGAUUAUUUUGUUGCU